GUAAACACUUCUUUGCCCUUGGGUGAACAGUUUUAUUUAAGGUCCAGGAAUGAAGAUGAGGAGCCUCUCCUCCUUUUACGUCUCUCUGUGGAUGCUGUGCACAGCAGUGAUACUCAAAGCUGUAGAAUCAGCCAAAGGGAAAUAUGCUCACAUGCUGUUUAAUGAACUGUUUGAAGACUACUCCAAUGCUCUGAGACCAGUGGAGGACACAGAUAAAGUACUGAAUGUCACCCUUCAGAUCACGUUGUCCCAAAUUAAAGACAUGGAUGAAAGGAACCAAAUUUUGUCAGCUUACUUGUGGAUUCGACAGAGCUGGUAUGAUGCAUACCUCAGAUGGGACAAAGAUAAAUACGAUGGGUUGGAUUCCAUCAGGAUCCCAAGCAAUUUGGUUUGGAGACCAGAUAUUGUCCUGUAUAACAAGGCUGAUGAUGACUUUUCAGAACCAGUAAAUACUAAUGUAGUGCUGAGAUAUGACGGAAAAAUCACUUGGGAUGCACCUGCUAUCACAAAGAGCUCUUGUGUAGUGGAUGUGUCAUAUUUUCCUUUUGACAGCCAGCAGUGCAACCUUACCUUUGGGUCCUGGACCUAUAAUGGUAAUCAGGUAGACCUCAUCAAUUCUCUUGAUAGUGGUGACCUCUCUGACUUCAUAGAAGAUGUGGAAUGGGAGAUUCAUGGUAUGCCAGCAGUUAAGAAUGUCAUCACUUAUGGCUGCUGCUCUGAGCCUUAUCCAGAUGUGACCUUCACGCUGAUUUUGAAAAGGAAGUCCUCUUUCUACAUAUUUAAUCUGCUGCUUCCCUGCAUUUUGAUCUCUUUCCUGGCCCCGCUGGGAUUCUAUCUCCCUGCAGACUCUGGUGAGAAAGUGUCUCUGGGUGUUACAGUUCUUCUUGCUCUGACUGUGUUCCAGCUGAUGGUUGCAGAGAUCAUGCCCCCAUCUGAAAAUGUACCUUUGAUAGGGAAGUACUACAUAGCAACGAUGACCAUGAUCACAGCUUCCACUGCAUUGACAAUCAUUAUCAUGAAUCUCCAUCAUUGUGGCUCAGAAGCAAAACCUGUUCCACAGUGGGCCAAGGUGGUUAUUUUGGACUAUAUGUCAAAAAUAUUUUUUGUUUAUGAUGUGGGUGAAAAUUGCACAAGUCCGAAAAGAGAGAAAGAAGAGGAAUGUAGGUUAGAGGGGGAUGAUGGGAGUCAGAGGAGGCACCAAGAGGUAAGGAGUCCUCUUUCCACUAGGAGCGAUGACUGCAAUCUCAAGGAGAAGCUCAAUGGAAAUUGGAAUAAAAGCUAUGGAGUUCAUGGUGAAAAUCUUAAUUGCUGUUCUUGUUACAAAAUGCUGAUUAAAAAUAUUGAGUAUAUUGCUAAUUGUGUUAGAGACCAUAAAGCAAACCGGGCCAAAGGAAUUGAGUGGAAAAAAGUUGCAAAAGUGAUGGACAGGUUUUUCAUGUGGAUUUUCUUUAUCAUGGUGUUUUUUAUGAGUGUGCUGAUCAUUGGGAAAGCUGCUUAA